GAGAGUGCGCAAGACACUUGAGAAUGGGUGCCUCCGAUUCUCAUUCCGAUUCUCAUUCUACGCACAAGAAUGUGUGGCUGGGCGGGCAUCUUGCAGACCAAGAAGGAGGCUGCUGCAGUUCUUCGGAUGAGCUGAUAAAAAACCAAACGUGCUCUCCGAAUGUGAAAAGAUAGUCAAGAAUUAUCUUGUGUAUUUCUUCAUAUCCGAAGAAAAUGCGUGUACUGAAGACAUUCCGAUCUUAACUGGAGAAAUGUACGAAUUCUUAGAUUGGACAUCGGAGAUUCUAUAUUGGGGGACAGUGAGAUAACGCAGAGUUUGAUAUUGAUUUCUUUGAGAACAAAAUC